UGAUCUUUUGAAAGUUUUGGGUGAACGUCCGUUUAAACCGGUUGAGAUGACUAAUUAUGGCCGGUUCAAAUCUGGUUUUGAGAAGUGUGACAAGGUGGAGUUCACCACCACGGUUAAGCAUGUGGUGGAUGAAGGAGCUCCUUCGCUGGGUGUACCGCAAGCUCCGAUUUAGGUUGAAGUAUUCGUGUUUAUGUUUGGAUCCCAAGCAACACGAAUUUUGAAUUAUAUAUAUUAUUUACUAGUGGUUAGUCCAUGUAAAAAGCUCAAACUGGUGAUAUAGUGAUUUAGAAGAAAUUUGAUUACAUUCUAAAAUAAAAUAAAUGAGAAGUUGUUAAGAAAGGCUUGGGUUAGAACUUGGCGUAGAACCGUGAGCUUACACUUGUUUUUUUACAACAAAAGAUUAAUUAUUCUAUUAUUGCAUAAUAAAAUUGUCUGGACAUAACAACCGAUAAAAUAUAAAUCCACACGAAAUGAAGUAACACUUUUGAUCAAAUAUUCAACUGUCAGAAUUAGUUACCCUAGGAACAUGAAAAUGACUAAAAGACUGAAAUUGUCUACUUAAUCUUGCAAGUUCUUUGAUCUCUUUUGAAAAAUUGUGUAAUAAACUUAGUUGUUAUAAGUCAUUGAGAUCGCCUUUUUGCUAUCUGCGCUAAAGACUUGAAUUGUGGAGUGUUGUAGCAUGCAGUUCAUGGUCCAAUACUUGGUUGAGUGGGAGAGACUGUACGGUAUUAUUAUGCGAUAAAGUAAAGAAAAUGGAAGAGAAUAUCAACGGUACUUUGACUGGACAUGAUGCUUAUUUAAAAUAGGCUAUUUUCUAAAUGAAAAUAAGAUUGGUACGUAUGGUGGAAAGCUCGUCACCUUCUGGGACAUUCCUGCGUUGUCUCCUCUAUGAUCAAACCAAAGAAACACAAGAUGUUCUCUUAUUUUGCUUCAGGCCUCAAUGGAGAAAUUUGUGGUCAGCUUGGAUAAGUUGAUACUGUGCGUUCAGUCCAUGUCCUUCUGUCACAGUACAUGUAGUCAUUAAUUUUCCCAAAUGUUUUUUUCGGGUUAGUUUAGUGUUUUUCUUAUAACAACACAUGCAUACAUGAUUUGAUCUUUUGAAGUGUCACACUUAGAUCAAAGUAACACUAUACUUUCUUUUUUUUGAGAAAAACACUAUAUAUAUAUACUCUAUGUUUGUAAUAUUCGCAUAUAGAUACGUAUACGACUUUGAGUUAGCCUUUUUCGGAUUAUAAUGCCUUGUGCUAUAAUUGAUAUCAAGAAAACUAUACCCUUUUUCCACUUUCAACUGCAUAAUAAUUUUGUUGAUCAAAGUUGAUUUUUCCUAUUUCACAAUAAACAAAUGCGCCUGCGCUAAACACAAAAAAUAAAUUGAAGUCGUGAUGAAUAUAAAAUGGGUGUAAAUUCCUUCGGUGAGUUCUUCAUACUCUCUUUUAAUAAUCUGAAAUUAUUAUGGAAAUAGAAGAAAAAGGAUAAAAUAAAUAUUAUAUUUGUUGAUGUAGAAAAUUGUGAUUUAUUGAUUUGGUUUAUGGUUAAUGAUGGAAAAUGAGCCUGUAAGAUUGUCUACUCCAUACCAAAGUUAAAAAAAAAAAAGAUUGUCUACUCCAAUCAACUUUAUGAAAAUCGAGCUUUUAUCUAAAAUGAGAUAAUCUAGUCACGUUUCUUUUUAGAUAAAAGCUCGAUUUUCAUAGAGUUGAUUGGAGUAGUCAAUCUUACAGGCUUAUUUUCCAUCAUUAACCAUAAACCAAAUAAUUAAACCACAAUUUUCUACAUCAACAACUAUAACAAUUAUUUUAUCCUUCUUCUUCUAUUUCCAUAAUAAUUAAGAAUCAACAUCAAAUUUUAGAAAAUUUCCCACCCUUAUAUAUUGUUUAUAUUAUGCUAACGAUCCGCUAAUUAUUGAAAAUUUAUUUUUAUGAACCUGCAGAAAAUAAUUUAACAGUGAUUGCAGAGAAUAGACUAAUUCCUAACUCGCAAGGACGCAGCCCUUAACAGAGCUAUCAACAGAAAAUCAUUGAAAUUUGUUAUUCUCAAGCAGAUGAAAUUAUUUUAAAUAAUAGUCUUUAAACAGUAAAAUAUAUUAGCUAUAAACAGAAAAUCAUCUUUGAUCAAACAUAUCUUUGCUAACUAUAGUAUGGUACGAUUAAACAAAAAAUCAUGUUAUGUGUGUUAUUUAACCAUAUAAGGAAUCAUAAUUGAUGAAAAAAAGGAAUCAUAAUUCUUAGAACACAAUUACACAAACUAUACAACACUUACUUCUACAUACAUAAACAUCAUAUGAUCAAUUGCAAUCGAUCUGAAUCCUUAAAUUUACGUUUAGAAAACUCCUAGCUACUCCAGUUAUAUGGGAGUAUGUAUACAUCACAUAAGUUUAUAUAUUUAGACAUUUUACAUAUAUUCUCCAGUUUAAAAACAAGGAGAGGGAGAGAGACCCAAAACAAAAGAUAAAAAGGAAACUAAUAUUCUUUAAUUUGUUGCCGGCAUAUAAAUAAACCCUUCAUUAUCGCUUGUUAUGCAAAGGGUUUGACCCCGUCGGAAUCUUUCUCUUCUCCGGCUUGAAUUGUCCAGAGCCGAUUACACGUGUGGCAUAAGAGUGUGAGAACUCUCUCUCUCUUCUAGAAGGUCCUGAGAAAAAGCUUCGUCUUCCAGCAGCAUGAGUGCUUGGGGCUUUGGAGAAAACACAAACAAGAGUGAAGAGAAGAACAAAGAGGCAAAGAAGUCGAAAUCGAAUCAUUUGUUGUUUGGUUUACUAUGUUUUGUUUCUCUUCAUAAGAUGCGUGGAAACUAAACAAAACAAAAAUAAAGGGUGAAGGAAAGAGACCUUUUUGAAGAGACGGUUGAGAGGACAAUGAGAAUAGAUGCAUAAAAACUUCCUUACGGUGUUGUAUUUGUUGCACUAUUUAUUCAUGUGCGGACACAGAUGGUCCACUCCAUAAAAAUGUCAUUUUCAAAAAGAUAUCAAAUAAGAACCAUAUAUUUUGGUGUACAUAACACACGAUUCUCGGCUAUACGUACAUCAUUUAUAAACGUUUUUAGAUCUUAGAAAAUAAAACAAAGCUAUGGGGUUAUGAUGAGAAGGACUUACAGUAAACAUCUUCGAGUCUGGAUCCCAGUGAGAGAAGAAUUUUGAGGUUGACUCUGCGCUAGGAACCUGAAACAGAUGUGAAACAUGAUCAGCCGACAAUGUCCAGUAAUAUAUGUUGACAUACUAGAGCCAUGAAUCCGUAAAUAUUUGCAGAAUGUAAAUCUUUCAGUAAUCAAAUGACAAAAAAAGAAAGUUAAAGAAAAUACCUUGACAUGAUAUAUUGAUAGUUAUUGUCAUAAGGUUGACAUGUAUUAACUUGACUCUCUUUGACAUGUUUGAUUCUCUCUUUUAAAUAAAUUUUCGUUUGUUUUUUUGCAUUGGGGAAUAUCCGAAUAGGGCAAUUGAACAUAUCGGUUCAUCACUAGCAUUUAAGUGAACCGAACCGUCUGAACUGAAAAUUUUUUGGUUUCGUGUUUCACAUCCGGUUUAGCUAAGAACAAUCAGCGAGAUUAGAAAAUUUUAAUCGGUGUUGGGUUCGGCAAGCAGAUAUCAAUCAGUUCGACAGUCAUAGACCGGAUAAAUAAAGAGCAUCAAAUAAAUCGAAUAAUUUUAGUAAACUGGAAUAAACCGAACUUGACUAGAUUUUAUCCAAUUAAUUGUGCGUGUUUUAAUCGAAUGAACCGAGUAAACCAAAAAUUAAACAAUUAAGGGACGACGUAAAACGCGCUUCAACAGUAUCAGUUAUGUUCGUUUGGUUGCCGCAGUUUUUAGUGUCGGCGUUGGCGUCAGUGUCGGCAUUAACGUUUCGUAGACGUCGACGUCGACGCAAUUUUAAUCGCAGACAAAGAUUUUUUCGGCGAUCGACGCGAGAACGCAGCGUUUAGACGCAGACGCAGUACCGACAUCAAUAAAACGAACAAAAGUUUAUUAAAAAAAUUGACGUCGACACAGCCGUUACCUAGGUAGCUGCUUCAACUAAACGAAAUUCAAAAACAGCAAAAGCGGAGGGAAAAUCAAAAAUCCCUAAUUCCCAAAUUCUCACAACCUCCGUCGAACCUAACCGACGUUUCGUCAAACAGUGUAGUAACUUUCCGGCGAACUUCUAUCAUGGAGGAUCCCCUAACUCCAAACCCCAAGCAAAAGCCGAUUUCGACUCGGAUCCAAGCUCCGACGAGUCCCUUCUUCCUGGGAUCCAACGACGACAGGUUGGAGCGAGAGCAAGCCCGAGCCGCCAGAGUCGCAGCUAGCCGUCGUAAAUCAGUGGUCUUCGCUCGUGGACCCCAGCAGCCUGAGAAGGAGUCCGAUCCGUGCUUCGACAAGCAGCAGAUUCUCGAGUUGUUCCAGAACUGUAUCAAAUUGGCUAGCGAAAACAAAAUCAAUCAGAAGAACACGUGGGAGUUGAAUUUGAUUGACCAUCUCUGUGAGAUCAUUAAAGUUGAGGAUGAGAACAAUGCGGAAACUAAUUUUCAAAAGGCAAGUUGCACUCUUGAAGCUGGAGUUAAGAUUUACUCGAUGAGGGUUGACUCGGUUCAUUCAGAGGCUUACAAGGUUUUGGGUGGGAUUACUCGAGCUGGCCAUGAUGACACCGGAGACAACGAGGAUGCUGCUGGUUCUGUAGGAAAUGCAACAAACCAAAAGAAACAGACAGAGAGAAAGAUAUCGCCAUUAUCAACACUGGAACAUUCCUUUGAUGCCCUUAACGUGAAGAAGUUCGACGUGGCGUUUGCAGUGGAUCCCCUUUAUCAUCAAACUUCAGCACAGUUUGAUGAAGGUGGAGCAAAGGGUCUUCUGCUAAACAGUUUAGGAGUCUAUGGAGGGUGUCAAGUUCUAUUUGAUUCACAAGAAAUCCCUGGAAAGCUUGUUUCCUCUGCAAAUCAGCAUGAUAAAUCAGAAACAAUCGAUCUAUCCUUUGCUAAAGAAUUUGUGGAGAAAAUGGUGCUAAACAUGCGACAGAAGAAUGAGAUUGUACCAUCUCUUCGGGCUAUAAUCAAUCAAUUUGAUGAAGAGAACCAAAGACCAUCUGAUACGUUUUCUUGUGGUCAGAAGAGGACCGAGUCAUUUGAUAUAUCACAUGGUAAUGAAGCUAGCUAUGCCGACGAUGAUGAUGGAUAUGAUAACUUUGGAGCUUCUUUUGAUUAUGAUGGUCAAGCUGGUGCUGCUGAGGAAAACUUCGGCCACAAUGAUGCAGAGCCAGCUUAUUCAAAUUUUCCCGAGGAAGUGGAACCAGACUCACUGCAAGACCUAGAUUCAGAUGACAGAGUCGAGAAUGUUGAUAAAUAUCUCUUUUUGUCGUUGGGAAUUUCAUCUAAGCAAAAUUCUUGGGCAGGUCCUGAUCACUGGAAGUAUAGGAAAACAAAAGGUCCAGAUGAUCACCUUGCUUCUGAAAACGGAUCUUCCCCACCAGCAAAGAAAACCAGGAAAAAGAAACAAGCAGAGCCUGAACUAGAUUUUACAAAAGCUUUGGAGGAAGAGAUGCCUGAUAUCUUUGCCCCUCCAAAAAACCCAAAGUCUUUACUUCUCCCUGCAAGUAGAGCCCCUUGUCAAACACAGCUUCCAGAGGAUUGCCAUUAUCAACCUGAGAAUCUAGUAAAGCUAUUUUUACUACCAAAUGUGAUGUGCAUUGGGAGGAAGAGAAGAAAAUGCUCAGGUGAAGCAAGACAGCAAAAUGAUGAUUAUGAACAUGCGGGAUCUUGGGAAAAUGAUAAUGUCUAUGAUGAUGGCCCGUUUGAUAAUGGAAAUGAUCAUAGUGAUGCAGAGGAUACCACCAACUCAUUAAUCUCUCAGCCACGCCAGGUCAACAAAAUCGAGGUUCAAUAUGAUAAAGCUUCAAAACAAGUUGAUGUGCAAGUGCUAAAGGAAACCCUUUGGGAGUGUCUUCAGGAAUCUCCUCAACCACCAAUUCAGGAUGAGGAACACCAACAAGAACCACUUGAAAAUAGAUCGUUCAAAGAGCUAUUGGCUAGCUUUCCAGAUGAUUGCAAAGCGGCUGGUACAACCAAAGACAUCUCUCCACAUCUAUGUUUCAUCUGUUUGCUGCACUUGGCGAAUGAGCACAAUCUCAGACUAAUUGGCUCUCAAGACUUGGACGAUCUAACGAUCCAGCAUGCCUGAAAGAAAAGUGAAGCGAAACCAAGAAGAGAAGCCAAGUGUUUUAUGUUGCCUAUUAAGUUUUAUGUCGUAGCUAAGGUGGUGUUAUUCAAUAGUAGAUUUAUUAAGCAAAUUCUAUUGAUUUUAUAAUCCAUUGUUAUUAGAUGAUUGAUUGUAAUUUAUAUAUUAAAACCUAGUGUUAUUGGUUAUUACAUUCAGAAUAUAUAAUGCCUCAAUUAAAAGAUGUUGAGAUCUUGUAUUAUUGGUUCUUAGAUUUACAAUUUCUUUUCAUUAAAAGAAUUUAAAUUUCUGGUGUAAUUCGUGUUUAAUAGAUUAUUACAAUAAUUUGGAUUGAAAAUUGUUAGAAUGGAUUUAAAUAUAGUUUCAUAAGUCAAUUAUAGUUCAAAAAUCAAAACCUACCUCCUAAGAUUUUAAAAUCAUUUCUUAUUAAUGAUAAAAUUAACAGAACUAGUAUUAAAAUUUUAUAUCUACUACCAACCACAAGGAAUCAAGCAUGAGGAAGAAGUCACAGAGAACCAAUAGAAGAAUGAGUGCGUUACCAAUUAAGACACAUUUUUCUCUUUUUUGACAGUAUAAGACACUUCUCGCUGGAGGAGCACAUUCCCGGUUCCCAAAGUAAUUUUCGGACCAGAAUGCCCUCUAUUUGACCUAACUAGACCGUUUUCUUUUUUUGUUUGAUUCAGUUGAGUUAGUGGGACCAGAGCCUUUUGUUAUGGCUUCGUUUCUUUGUAUGAGUUAUGAAAGCAUGUGAGAAGUAAUUAUGGCCACAAGUUUAAAAUUUUAAAA